AUGGAUAUGUGUGGACAACUAGAGGUUGAGAAUUCAAGAUUGAGUGUAGAUGUUCAGGUUAAGGAGAGUCAGUUAAAAGAUUUACAACGGCAAACUGAAGAGGAAAAUGAGGAGUUAGAACGAACUAAUAAAGAGAGAAGGGAGGUUAAUCUAGAGCAGAUAUCAUUAAGGCGUGAUAGAGCACAUCUCGAGGCUGAGAUUAAACAUCUACAAACUUUAUUGGAUGAUGGUACAGCAUCAGUAACACUACUUAGUCAACAACAAAUGCAAUUAGAACAUCAAGUUGAAGCCAUACAAGCACAGACUAGACAAUUAGAUGAACAAAGAAGAGAGGCUUCUGAGGAACAUAAAGCUGAAGUAUCACGUUUAAGGCAAGAACAACUUCAGACAUCUGCUGUUAUAUCCGAUUAUUCUCAAUUGAAGAGAGAUGAGAUUGAGACUGCCAAACAGAAUGCUAAUAAGAAGAAUUUGAAUAAUCAACUGUAUGUACUCAAUACCAAACCUGAUACAGAUAAGUAUACGAGUACUGGUAUUGAACGUGAUGUACCACCUACUAGUGGCGAGAUGAGGGAGGACAUCAUCAUUUAA